AUGACGAGGCAUGCUGCCGUCUUGAUCUUGCGGCUUUCGUCGGCUGACAUUUUCAAGGAAAAGGCGGUCGGUCGAGCGAGGGAUUGGGUGAUGAAGGAGGGAGAUGUGACUGCUUCCGAAUCCAGGCUCUACAACAUCUCCGGCGAGACCAAAGAGCACUUGCGCAAGUUCCGCUUGACGACGUCUCGGGCGAGCAAGCCUCAAGCAGUUAUAUACCUGAUUGAUAAGACCACCCACGAAAUCCACCAGGAUGCAGACAAGGUUACAUACACAUCCCUCGACGAGAUUGCCGACGACCUCCCCGACCACGCCCCACGAUUCAUCCUCCUCAGCUAUCCCUUGACAAUGCCCGACGGACGGUUAUCCGUGCCCUACGUUCUGCUGUACUACCUCCCCAUCACAUGCAACGCCGAGACGAGGAUGCUCUACGCCGGCGCCAAGGAGCUGAUACGCAACACGGCCGAGGUGAACAAGGUCAUUGAUAUAGAAUCGACAGAGGACUUGGAGGAGGUUCCAACGCAGCUAACCACGUAG